UGUAUGUCCUGUCGGACACUCAGCUGGGAAAGCCUAAAAAUCCACCCUCGCAGCCUGAUCAACCUUCCAUCAUUGAUUUCUCAUCUCACGACCUCCUGUCUGUUCUGCUUCCUUUCGCAAACAACUAUUGCUUCGUGCUUAUCAGUUCUGAGGUUCUCGCAAGCCGCAGCAUCGCGCAUUCUCACAAGAAAUGGCCAGAAGGACUGCAAAGCCUGCUCAGCCUUCCUCUCUCAAGAAGUUUCCCGAGUCCAAGGCUGGCUUACGAAAGAAACGCCGUCCCAGCGCGAGGUCCUGUUGGACUCGGGCAGCGAGGGCGAGGAAGCCGCAGUCACAAUGCACGUACAGCUACACGCCAUUACCGCAUUCAGACUCUAUCAGGCUUCUGACCUUGCAUCCCGGAGACUUCGCAUCUCCAAUCCAAAUAUCGCUCGCUGAAGUCAGAUCUCAAGAGGAGCAUGACUACGAAGCCUUGUCAUAUACUUGGGCCACGGAAGAUGGCGACCGCAAGCGAUCUAGCCAGAUCAGAUGUGACGGCACUAGAAUCUGGGUGACCAAAAACUGUGAACUUGCGCUUCGAUAUCUUCGCAAAGAAAAUUCGAACCGGGUGUUGUGGGUUGACGCUAUUUGCAUUAAUCAGAAAGAUAAUAAUGAGAGAGGCCAUCAGGUUGGCAUGAUGCGGAAUGUGUAUUCCAAGGCUACCGAAGUCUUGGUUUGGUUGGGGGAAUCGUCCAAGGAAACGACAACUCCGGAUCCCGUAGCUCAAUCCCUUGCCGCCGAAGGACAAGACACUACCCCUCUCCUUAUCUUGGAAACUGUGGUCGAACAAGAACAAAAUAAUGGGAACCCCACCAGUGUGAACGGCCGGCCAUCUUUGAACCGAGGCUCUAUCCCAGUAUCAGAUCUCUUCUUAGACUACUUGCAUCGAAUGGUUACAGAAAUGAAACGAAUCGAGAGCUCAGGACAAGAUCCCCAGUCGUCGUCACCUCUCUAUCAGGAGAUCCAAUCGCAGAUGUAUGAGUUAUGUUUUAGCGGCGUCUUAACUGACCUCUGUCGUGGCUUCAACGAUAUCAUACAACGCCGGUGGUGGUCUCGUGUUUGGGUCGUUCAAGAGGUCGCCCUAGCUAGGUCAGCAACUCUGAUCUGUUCAAAUCGGGCUGCGAAAUACGACGACUUCUUCGACUGGCAGGAUAUCCUUUGUCAAGGUCGCACUCGAAAAGAGCUUCUGACCUGGAAUUUACUCUCCGGGGCCUUAAGACAUCUUCAGGCAGUAGCCAAUGCCCAUGUCGAACAAUCGAAGCCAUUGGCGGUUCUUCGAUGGGCUCGAGAGCUCAUUGCUUCAGAUCCGCGCGAUAUCAUAUUCGGUAUACUUGGCUUAUCGGAUAAUUUCAAGUCCUUCCUACCACUUCCAGAUUACAACAAGUCAACCGCACAGGUCUUCACAGAUGUGGCCAAGCGCCAUUUGAACCUGACGAAGUCACUAGACAUCUUGCAGCAUGCAACUAGCACUACACCAAACUUUGAUCGUCCUUCCUGGGUCCCGUAUUGGUCUGAUGUCCCUGCAGUAUUGUAUACGAGUCACAGAUCAAUGAAAGCGAGCAGAAACUCCGAGGCAAUAUUUUCGAUCUCCACGGAUGACCAGAAUUUGAGGAUCAGGGGGCAAAAGUUCGACAAAGUCAAAGUAUUGCCACUUGCUGAUCCGAAAGCAUACACCAGACAUUUUUUGGACGAACAAACAAUAGAAAGCUGGCGCAUGUCUUGCAAUGUCGGCUUCUCAUUAACAAAGUAUCCCACAGGGGAGCCAGUGGGAGAAGUUAUAACGAGAACACUCUGCUGGGAUCGGAUAAGCGGAAGUACCCAUGGGCAGUUCAGUCUAUCGUUAAAGGAAAUGGAGAACAAUUUCAGAGAAUGGCAUAGUGUGCUAACAACGACAAGCACACACGAGGAAUACGUAGAACAGCUGCGUAUCAAGCAGAAUUUAUUCGACCUAGACAUCAACUCAACAACUCCUUUGUGUACCACCGCGAAAGGCUAUUUAGCAGCAGUACCAUUUACCGCCAAAGUAGGGGAUUGCAUUGCCGUCCUAGCAGGAGGGCGCGUCCCCUUCGUUCUUCGACCGAUUGGAGACCACUACCGCCUCGUUGGACCAUGUUACGUCCAUGGAAUCAUGAAUGGCGAAGCAUUUCCCGAGAAUCUGGACGAGCUGACAUGGUUUUCGAUUCACUGAACACACCAAGAGAGAGAUUGACAGAGGGUUCGGCUUGGGUUCUCGGGGAUUUGGCUCAUGCUGGUGAGAAUAAUUAAUUUAGAAGGGAAUACAGCUCACCUCGAGCUUGAUAACGGCUUGAAAGUUUCGAAGCCCG